GACGCUGGGAAUAUCAAACCGACAAGCUGACUGAUCUGAUUGACCUCCUCGAGACUUUGUUUUAAGGUCUCACCUAAGAGACAGUCAAUGGACGUGGGCUUCUUGUGGUCUUUUUCAGGCUCAGUGGUAGAAGCUCCAAGGGAACUACGUUGUUACAGGAUUAUCUCAAGUGGUUAUGAGUGUUCUUGGCAGUAUGAUGGUGACCCCACUGAUGUCACCCACUUCCUUCGGUUCUGCCUUAGAAAUGGGAAUUGUUGCUAUUUUGAAGCAGGAAAGGCCAACCGAGUCAGUUUUACUGACCAAGCUAAGGUGCCCAUCCUACAGAAUGUCACAUUCUGGGUGGAGUCUCGAGUUGGAAAUUGGACUGCAAUGUCCCCGAAGAUCACCCUGGUGCUCUGCAGGGCCUUCAUGCCAUUUCAUAUGAUUAUGUCUGUGAUUACAGUCAAGUUUGAUCCUCCAAACGAAGAGAUGACAGUCUCCAAGAUCCAUGACCAAUUCAUGAUCAAAUGGAAGAUCCCUGAAAAGCAAGAGGAUGCAAUAGCAGAAUAUCGUUACAGGACGUGGAAUGGAACGUGGGAACAGGGGGACUGUGGAGCCCAGACGAACUCUGACUUUGAGAUCUGCAGCCUCCAGCUCGAGGCACCUGUUGCCUAUGAAAUCCAGCUCCGUCGCCACAAAAAAGCCUCCCCGACUGGUCAGUGGAGUGAAUGGAGCAGGUCCAUCUGCAUUCCUGCUGGUGUGCUUUCCCUUUUCUACUGGUUUGCAUCAAGUGAACUCACUCUAAAGCUAGACUGCACGAAGCCACUAAGCAUCCCCACCUCUGAAUCUGUCCCUUUCACUCCUGAGCAGCCCAGGCAAUCAAGGCAGCCCCAGAACUGCGUGGAGGAAGUGAGUUUCAGCCUUGUUCUUCAGAUGCUUUCCUGCCCCUGCAAACCAAAGUCUAAGAAGAAAAUGAGUCUGGAGAAAGUGAUCCAAAUUUCUGGGGCAGAAUAUGAUGUCAUCAUUCGAACCCAAGGCACCCUUGGACCCCAGCUAAACAGGACAUUCCAUAUCCCUGCUGAUCCCAACUCAGGUUUCAUCCAAGAUGCAGGGUUUCUGAACAUUAGCACCUCAGAAGACAACAUGACAAUGCAAUGGUUCUCAGAAAGUGGUGUCAAGAGUUAUUGCAUUGAAUGGUACCCUCACACUGCCAACUGGACCAAUGCCGCCUGUGUUCUGAAGAGCUCCCGGAAAGAAAAAGAUGACAGGAAAGUGAUCUAUAGCCGGGAUAAAGCUUUAGGGAUCAUGGACCUUUUGAAAUGUUACCAGAUCAAUAUUUAUGCUUCAGACCAACCUAGAAACCCUCAGUCCUGGGUCACUGUCUUCUCUGUCCACCAUUUCAGUGGAGAUGGCACCAUCAUGAUGGACACUCCAGCAGAAAGAUGGACACUGGACACACGGACACUGGAACACAUUGUCUGA